GGCGCGUCGGUUUCGCAUUUUAUCGUGACAUCACCCGUUUCUCCUCCAACCCUCCUUCAACUUCUAUCUAAUUCGACCAAUUUUCGCGGAUCUUCGUACACGGUUGACCUUUAUUCUCUACUAGAUAUCGUGCAGCUUUACUGCAGAGAGGAAGCUCACCAUGGGUAUUAAAAACUUAUUCUCCAUCAUCAAAGAUGAGGCCCCAGCUGCCAUUAAAGAAGGUGACAUCAAAAGUCAAUUCGGUCGCAAAGUCGCUAUUGAUGCGUCUAUGAGCAUCUACAGUUUCUUGAUCGCCGUUCGAUCCGAUGGCCAACAACUCAUGAACGAGUCCGGCGAUACUACCUCCCAUCUCAUGGGUAUGUUUUACCGAACAUUACGAAUGGUCGACAAUGGCAUCAAGCCCCUCUACGUAUUCGAUGGUGCACCGCCUAAGCUAAAGUCCGGGGAAUUGGCUCGUCGAUUCCAACGCAAGGCGGAAGCGAAGGAGGGACUCGAGGAAGCAAAAGAGACGGGUACAGCUGAAGAUGUCGAGAAGUUCUCUCGCCGAACUGUCCGAGUUACGAAGGAGCACAACGCCGAGUGCCAGCAGCUCCUAAAGCUGAUGGGUAUUCCGUAUAUCAUCGCCCCUACCGAAGCCGAGGCGCAGUGUGCCGUUCUUGCAAGAGCUGGAAAAGUCUUCGCCGCGGCCAGUGAGGAUAUGGAUACCUUGUGUUUUGAUAGCCCGGUCUUGUUGCGCCACUUGACCUUCAGUGAGCAAAGGAAGGAGCCCAUUCAAGAGAUCCACGUGGAUAAGGUCCUCGAGGGACUGAACAUGGAGCGCAAGCAGUUCGUCGAUCUAUGUAUCUUACUCGGCUGCGAUUACCUCGACCCCGUCCCUAAAGUCGGCCCGAGCACCGCCUUGAAGAUGAUCCGUCAACAUGGUACCCUUGAGAAAGUUGUCGAAUUCAUCCAGAAUGAUCCGAAGUAUACACUUCCCGAAGACUGGCCUUUCGAGGAUGCACGAACACUAUUCUUUGAACCAGACGUUCGCAAGGCCGACGACCCGCUCUGCGAUUUCAAGUGGGAUAAACCAGAUAUCCAAGGGCUCGUUAAGUUCCUAGUCACCGAUAAGGGCUUCAACGAGGACAGGGUUCGUGCUGGCGGUGUUAGGCUGGAGAAGGCCACCAAGAGUUCACAGCAGGCUCGACUGGAGGGCUUCUUCAAGGUCAUCCCCAAGACAGACGAAGAGAAGGCCGCUCACAAGCGAAAACUAGAAGAGCAGAAUGACGCUAAGCGAAAGAAGCUGAAGGAGGACAAGAAGGAGAAAGCCAAGGCCAAGGCAAAGCCCCGCGGAACAGCAUAAUCCUGAUUCGCACUUGGAAGAUGAUGACCACUAUAUUUCUUAUAAAUGUCCGGUCCCCGUAUCUACGAUGAUGAUCUGGGCGGGAAUAUGUGCUUAAUAAUUGGCGUUGCUGGAUUUGCAUCAAAUAUCGGAGUUCACGGCGAUAGGCGAGCAGGAGAUGAUACCAACAGGUACAAAAAUGCUGGUGCUUCUGAAUCUUGCUAAUGAAAAUAUCAUAUCUUUAGGUAGUGUUAUGACGAGCUUAGACUACGGCUCAAUUGAUCACGAUAUUUUAUCCUACUACGGGCUACUACGUCGAGCUACUCAUAAUUAAUUCAUAAAUCACAAG